AGUUAAAAACAGCGAUUUAAAUUGACAAAGAUAAGUGCACCCAUCAACAAGAUGGGAGAAAGUGGCAACAGUUCAAAUUGAAUCUUUACCAUUUAGAAUUUUACCGACAAGAUGCGUACGUAUCCUAACAGAUUUUGUAUUUUGUAUUUUUCUAAGUCCAAUCAAACUGUAGUUUCCCAGAAAAAGUGCAGAGAAACUUGUUUGAAAAUUGAAACUUAGCUAAAAGAAAAAAGGGAAACAAAAUCACAGCGGCCCCAAACAAGGCAAUGAUUAGGGAUUUGGGAAAUCCAAAUUUCAUAAGAACACGAAAAUUCCAUGUUUGGACUUCAAAAUAGCUCUAUAUAAGAGCAGCCAAAAAACUUAUUUCAUUACCAAAAAAAAAAAAAAAACCAAAGAGAAAGAAAUCAAGUUCAGAGAUAAUCGUGCCAUUGAUACAGAGACUCUUUGUUUCCUUCAAAGUUUUUUUUUCCUCUCCCUCGAAUUUUUGGCUAUGGAGGCGUCGCAGCCAGGGAGUCCAAGCACAGCUCAAUCAGCGGUGGAAGAGGAGUUGGUGAAGUGCUACUGCUGCGGGUUGACAGAGGAAUGCACGCCGGAGUACAUAGCUAUAGUGAAGGAGAGGCAACAGGGCCGUUGGAUUUGCGGACUUUGUGCGGAGGCGAUCAAGGAAGAGAACUCAAGGUCGCAUAGGGGCCUCAACGACGAGGAGGCGAUGAAACGGCACGCCAGUUUUCGUGAGGAGUUUCGGUUGUCGAGCCCUCCAGAGAAGUCUGCUGAGGAAUUGAUAUCGGCGAUGAAGAAGCUUUUGCGACGGACUUUGAACUCCCCAAAAAAAGAGGGGUUGGGUUGCCAACCCGCUCUUUCGAGGUCGAAGAGCUCCUUUGCACCGGUGGUGAAAGGAAGUAGUUGAUUCAGAAAAAUUAAUAAUGAUUGGUAGUAGUAGCUAGAAGAUAGUGGUGGUAAGUUUAGUGGAAAUUGGGUUUAACUAAUUCAAUUAGGUUUUUUAAAACUUUUUUUAAUUAGUUUUGAUUAGCUAAUUUUUGAUCAAUGCAGUGGGGGCUAAUUCUCUUAUUUGACAUUGUGAUUGAGGGAAUGGUUGGUUGAAGACUACGUUUUGUUCAUUGACAUCAAUCUAAAUGUACAAGUUCUUUCUUCUUAUAAUAGUUAUUUUGAUUUGAAGUUUUGUUUA